AUGCUUGAAGUAGCACAUCGUGACUUGAAAUGUGAAAAUAUAUUCUUGGAUAUCUAUGGAAAUAUAAAACUUGGCGAUUUUGGAUUCUCAAGACUAAUGCACAGUAAUGAUAUAUCACACACUUUCUGCGGUUCAAGAGCAUAUGUACCACCGGAAGUACUUAGAUCGCAACCCUACACGGGUUUCUCGGUCGAUUUAUGGAGUGCGGGCAUAGUGCUGUUUGUCAUGGUUACCGGUUUGAUGCCAUACAAUGAUCAAAAUCCGCAGAGAAUGCUCUCAAAGCAAUUACAACAUAGAUUAACAUUCCCUCGUAGGAUAUUGAUAAGCAAAGAAGUAAAAACUUUAAUUUAUGAAAUAUUACAUCCGAUACCAUCUCAGCGUAAGCAAUACUCGGAUAUUCUGACAUCAACUUGGCUUGCUGAUACUCCGUACAAAUUUCGAACAGCGAACAAUUGUGACAAAGAUGAUCUGCUAGAAUUGCUAUAA